AUGAACUUCGUGGAAACUCCGACUGAAGAUCUCUGCGCGGUAUCUGAAGCGAUAGCGUUCAUCGAUUCCUUCGACCCCGGCCAAGACCUUGACGUGCCCAAUAGAAACCGUAGCCAUGAAGCCCAUCACGAUCCUCCAUCGGCAUCCAGUGACAGCGAGGACAAGACAUCAAGCGUGACAGGCUCCAAAAGGAAGCGGAGCGCCGACAAGCUGGGAUACUCUACACGCGUACAACAGGGGAGGAAAGCUGAGAUAGAGGCUCUACGCUGUCGGAUCGCAGAGCUUGAGGUCUAUGCUGUGAGUUUGAAGAAAUGGCGAGCCAGUUUUAGGGAUGGAAGAUGCAUGAAUAUGGUAAGUGAAGCAGCUCAGUCUGUGUGGCAAAAAGCAGCGGCGAUCGAGUAUCAAGAGCGACAACGUUCAGAGGAGAUUAAUCGCAAACUGAAGUCGAUCAUCUCACACCAACAAAAGCUUGACGUAACGCUACGUCGAAUUCUGGGAAGAAAAAUACUUGCUCAGGAGAAUGAGUUUACCACUCCAACGGAAGCGAACGAUCCACGUCCUGACACCAAAUAUUGUACAGCAACAAUCACGGAACUCGAUCAUGAAGUAGCGAAGUUGUACCACAACUUAGCGUCGCAGAUUCUUUCAGUGCCAUCAACAACAGUAAGCGCGAGCAUGAAGACAAAGAGGGACGAUGUGCACGGACACAGCAUUGAGAUGCUAUCGACUACUCCCUUGCCGUGUGCAAUUGAGUCAGCCGCUAGUCUUGUUUGGAAAGAGUUGACUACAAACAGUGCUUCCGCGCGAUGCCUGAAAGGAAGGCUAUCGCACUCGUACGUGAAGAACUGGGUGGUGGUCCUCGAGGGAGUGACUGCAAGGAAGCAAGUCCAGGGAUUCCAGUUUUUAAGAAAGUUUGAAGAGCGUGAUCGUGUUGUGAUCAUUAAAUCUGGUAUUAUGACACUGCCAAGUGACGAGCUGCAGUUUCGUGACCAAUGUUACAUGGUUAUCACUGGAUCCGGGACGUCUCCAAACACCUCGGUUGUCCAAGGUUGGGGGCAAAUCUACAUGGAUCCAAAGAACACCACUUGUAGUUCACACGCUACCGUGCUGAAGAGUCUGGGCUUGAAACUGCGAGAGGAAUCGCAGCUUCUACAAAACCGACUGAUCGAUGAGGCAGACGAUUUGAAUCUCUAG